AUGAAUUCGACUACAGGAUCGGACCAGCCGAGGCUGUUGGUUGUUGCUGCAGCGCAGAUGGGCCCAGUCAAAAGCCUCUCAACACCUAGAACAGAAACUCUACACCGCAUGCUCACACUGCUCGAAAAAGCCGCCGAGAACAACGUCAAGCUUUUGGUAUACCCCGAGCUAGCUUUUACCACGUUCUUCGCUUCCUAUAUCAUUAGAGAUCCUGAGGAGCUUGCCAAAUUCUUCGAGCGAGCCUCCCCCUCAGAUCCCUACGCCUUCGUCAACUCGCCAAAUACCAAGCCUCUCAUCGACCGCGCAAAUGAGCUAGUAAUUGACCUCUACUUUGGCUUCGGCGAGCGCUGGGUCGACGACGCCAAAACGACAGAUUUCAAUACGGCGGUAUACUACUCGGCAUCGCAGCGCAAGUGUUUAGCAAAGUACCGAAAGGUGCACCUUCCAGGACGAAAAGAGCCACUCACGACUCCAGGAUUCGCUCAGCAGCUCGAGAAGCGGUAUUUCACAGUCGGUGAUCUGGGUUUUCAGGCUUUCCGGGCGCCGGGUUUGGUGGAAGGUGCGUUGAAGGCCAAAGACGUUGAUGCAGCCGCUGUAUCAAAGGAAAACCAAGGGAAAGGCGAUCCCAUUAUCGGAAUGCUUUUGUGCAAUGAUCGUCGAUGGGCCGAAGCAUGGAGAUGCUACGGUUUACAGGGUGUUGAGCUGCUGCUAGAGGGCUACAACACAACAGCAUUCGCCCCACAAUACGAAGGCACUCCCGAAUGGCAAGAACAAGAAGCUCUUCACCACCACCGUCUCUCCUGCCAGGCAGGCAGCUAUCAAAACGCCUGCUUCAGUAUUCACUCUGCCAAAGCUGGUAUAGAAGAUCACGGCUCACUCAUUGGCGGGUCAAGUAUCGUCGAUCCCAACGGCCAUAUUAUUGCCGAGGCGAAGACGAAGGAAGAUGAGCUCGUGCACGCGACUAUUGAUCUAGCAAGAUGUAGGAAGGGGAAGGGCCGGGUUUUCGCGUUCGACGACCAUCGGAGAACAGAGCAUUAUACAAGGUUGUUGGAGCAGACAGGAAUGGUAGAGCCGGAUUUAUUAUAG